AAACACGGACGCGCUACUCGACAUGACAGUCUUCCACCAACUCAUCAAGUCUACUGCCAAUACCAAACUUCACUCGCUACUCCAUACAUCCUUAACAAACCUUCCUUCGACACGUUACAAACCACAUUCAAGAUGCAGUUCUCCAUCAUCUCCAUCAUCACUGUGCUUGCCGCUACCUCUUCAGCUGCCUUCACUUCCACCAACGGCACAACUACAUCGGCUCCUUACCCAAGUGGUACUGGUGCUGUCCCGCGGCCGACUGGUUCAACACUCCCCUUCACUGGAGGAGCUUCGCACAUGGCUGGUUCAGCUCUCGGACUCGUCGUUGCUGGUGGUGUUGCUCUGAUGCUCUAAGCAUUAGCAAGCGUGCCUCUUAAACUAUUCUUCUUCAAACACAUAUUUUUGGGAUUCGACUUUGGUGCAUCAUCAGUUUACGGCGUUAAUGUGGUAAUUGGGACAUGUCUGGAUGAGACGACGAGGAUUGCUGGCGUAUUAGGGCCCAUGCGCAUAGAAAGGUUAGAUGCAUACCUAGACUAGACCUUUGUGUCGCGAUAGCCAGAGUUUGGGUUGGGACCGGUCAUCAAUUAGUAUCCAACUACCCGAUAGUUUAGACAGCCUACAGGUUUGUCGAGUGAGAAAUACAAAACACUUGAACAAAA